AUGUUUUAUCGUGACGGGACUGUUAGGAAGAUUGAUGGCGGACGCGACCCUUUGGUGAAGACCUUCACCACUGAUCCAGUGAGGGGUCUUAAUGAACAAAAGUUGGAGCAGGAGAAGGAGGAAUUCGACAAAGCUGUCCUCGCUUCAUCAAAGAAUAUUAAACAAUUCAGAAAAAAAAAUCCAAGGGUUGAAUUGUUUGAUGAAGGAACCCUGAAGAAAUUGGGUAAGAACGGUCUGAAGAGUAGGGAAAUCAUCAACAAACUUAAUACCCUCUGCUUGGCUGUGGGACAAGCUCUGAUCGAGACGUAUAAGACUUUUGACAGAGUCUGCGAGAUCCAUCGCGAAACAGCUGGGCACGUCCGCAGAGGUGUUAGCCUUCAAACCGAGUAG